AUGACCAUCAAGGCAAUUCUUAUUGCAACAGCCGCUGCGAUUGGCGGAACAAGCAGUGCCUUUGCCGCCGACAUCACGCUGAAGUUUGGCCAUGUCGGCAAUCCUGGUUCACUGUUCGAAGCAAGCGUCGACAAUUUCGCGGAAUGUGUGAAUUCGUCGAUGGGCGGCAAAGUCGAGGUUCAGACCUUCGGCUCUUCGCAGUUGGGCAAGGACAAGGAGCUUCUGCAAAAGCUGAAGCUGGGUCAGGUAGACUUCGCGCUUCCGUCGUCCGUCAUGUCUUCGGUCGAUGACACGUUCGGCAUAUUUGAGAUGCCCUACAUCAUCCGCGACCGCGAUCACAUGCGCCGCGUUCAAGACGCGAUGAUGGAAAAGUUUCAGGCCGCUGCAAACGGUGGCGGAUAUCACAUCGUUGGCCUGGCCGAGAACGGCUUCCGCCACAUCACCAACAACACGCGGGCAAUCAAUGUGCCGAGUGACCUAGAAGGCAUCAAACUUCGCACUCCCAACGGUGUGUGGCGUGUCAAGAUGUUCACGGAAUACGGCGCAAACCCGACGCCAAUGGCAUUCUCGGACGUGUUUACCGCGUUGCAAACCGGCGUGAUGGACGGCCAGGAAAAUCCCUAUGCGCAAAUUGCAUCCGCAAAAUUCCAGGAAGUCCAGAAAUACCUGUCAAUUACCGGCCAUGUCUACACGCCUGCCUAUAUCCUCGCUUCGCAGAAGGGCUUUGCGAAACUGCCUGAGGACGUGCAGGCCGGGUUGACCGCUUGUGCGGCGUCCACGCAGGACUUCACCUACGAAAAAGCGGCACAGCUCGAAACCGAGUUGCUGGACGUCAUCAAGGCCGCCGGUGUCGAGGUGAAUGAGGCGAACAAGGAUGCAUUCGUCGAGGCAUCCGCGCCGAUCUACAAGGCAUUCGCCGACGAGGUCGAAGGCGGGCAAGACAUGAUUGACCAGGUUCUGGGCCUGGCGAACUCAAACUGA